AAACCCAUUUUCACAUCAAUAUUCAUUCUCCAUUUUUAUAUGUUAAUGUCCCCUCCAAAGUCUGCGACUUGUUUAGUAUUUAGGCCCCCUUUUCCACCCACUCCCCUCUCUUACAACACAUAAUUAGCAUUUUGUAAAACAAAUGUUUGAAUUUCCUAAGGUUUUAACCCCGUGCCCCCAUUUUUUUCUAUAGCUUACUAGAUAUAAUAUUAUAUAGAGCUGAAAUGGGUGAUAAUGAUUGGGAUCUAGGAGCGGUUGUAAGAAGCUGCAACAUCAAUACACCUAACAACGUUGUAGAUUCUAGUUUAGGCUUAAAGUCUCUGACUUUUGAAAAUGGUGUUGAUUGGGAAUUUCUUGAGAGUCUUUUAGAUGAUGAACAUGUCGACAUACCUUUCAUAGGCUCAACCGAAUUUUUUUCUAGAGAAUUUCUAGUUGCUCAACAGCAAAAACUAGAUGAUCAAUCUUCUUCGAUCAAUAACUCCAAAACCCCCGUUACUAUAAUUGCUGAUGAAGUUAAAAUCAUGGACCAUCAAAUAAUUUUUCCUCCUCAACCACCACCAGCUCUAGCACCUAUGCUAGCAAAGAACACCACAUAAAUUGUUCAUUCCGCAGCAACAACUCGUAAAGCCGGUCAAAGUCUUUCCUACUUCCACCAUGCUCAAAACUCCAUUGGUCAAGACUCGUAAAAGGAAAAAUCAGGCGAUAGAGAUUAUCUAUGAAUUGAGGCAAGAAGAACUCUUGGAUGAUACAUGGGCAUGGCGUAAGUACGGUCAAAAGCCCAUCAAAACAUCUUCAUUCCCGAGGAACUACUAUAGGUGUAGCACCUCAAAAGGUUGCAGAGCAAAGAAACACAUAGAGAAAAGCGCAGAGGCUGAAAAUCUUUUCGUCGUCGUGUAUUCUGGUGAACACAAUCAUCCUCCUCCCACUAAAGGUAGCUGUCUCUCUGGGCGCUCCAACCGCGAUACCAAAUCAAAGCUUCCAAAAGGCAUAAAUAUUGUGCCCAAAGCAUUGAAGUUUAAUUCAUCCUCGUCCAAUUUCUCUCAACAACAUUCAAGUGAUUCUCCAAUAAGCUCAAAGACACCUACGCUUGAAAUCGAGAACGCAUGCACGAACAAAAACGAAAUGAUGACGGCGGAGAAAAAAAGUGACGAAGAGGAGGAAGUUGUUUUGAUUCCUAACAAAUUCUGGAAUGAAGAUAUUUUAAAGAGUUUUGAAGUACUGAACAGAAUUACUUGCAACAAAUUUGAUAGCUCCACCUAAUGGGAUGAAAGAGACAGAGAGGGAAAUGAGCAUAUGCAUAUAUAUUUUUUCCUUCUCCACCAACUCUCUAUCUAUCUAUCAACUUUUGUCUUUCUAGUGUUAUUUCUAUUUUAGCUUUUGUGCUUGUAGGAAUUUUAAUUUUGUAGUUUGCAUCAGUUUAAUCAUGUACAACAUAGAAAAUGGUGCAUCUCUUGUUAGCUAGCUAGAUAUGGAUCAUUUUCAGUUCCGUUAUUUUGUUGCUCUCCAAUGAAAAAAUCUAGCGAUUUGGU